AUGGGGAAGAUAACCAAGCCCAUGCAACAAAAGCACAAGGACACCUUGUCUCCUUGGCUAAAAGCUUACGUUGAAACCGCCUCAACAGUACCUCUACCCCACUUGCCAAAAGAGCUCGCUAGCUUUCCCUCGCGAUGGCCCUUCGGACGUGGUGAUUUGUACCACUGGAUACCCCUUCUGAACCGAUUUGAUAGCAUCCUUGAACAUUUCUGCGCCGCAUACAAACUGAACGAGGGCCCCCAAGCUCGCGAUUUUGAGUGCGAUGUGCUGCUUAACCAGGACAAAGAAUCUGCUUUUAGUAGCGAGAAGCAAUGGUCAGCGAAGGAGUUGACAGACCUGGGCUUCUCAUCAGACGGAGACCGGCAACUAGUGGAAGCAGUGCUGCGCUUCACUCGCAUGCUAUUGGAGCAUUGUGGUAACAGGAGCAUUUAUGCCAGCAGCGCUCACCUCAAUGACCUCCUCCACACUACAUCUUUGAGUGUCCUUAUUGCCACACUUGAAGUUGGUUCAGAGUUGGCUCAGCGGUAUCAAGCCUCCGUGAAGCGCAUAAUAACCCCUUCGAGGCAGAUCAGCACCGCACUACUUGCCAACCACUAUAAUAUCGAUCUCGACAGAGUCCAGCAGCUUGCCCUGCCUUUUGUCAAGACACCGAUCAUCAACCUAUCGGACCCCGUGCCAUUAAACACACCCGGAUCGGCUAAAGGGAAAGAUCGUGCGCCAGGAGGAAGUUCCAAGACAGCCAACUCCAUGCACGCGAAUGAUCUAGUUGCUCUUGCAGCUUCGGAUGGCAAACGGUGGGUAGGUUGGGGCGAUGUCAAGGUGAUCUAUUAUCCGCAGACCACCCAAAAUGAGCCAACCGGUGGCGAUGACAGUCGCGCAUCAGUGCCAUCUACACCAACACCGCUUCGUCGUAGCUCCACGAUGGCAUCUCAACAUCAGACCCCGAAGAGUCGGAGCAACCUUGACGACUCAUCUCCACUUGGACCUCGGACACCUGGUAACGCUGAAGACUCGGCCUCGGCUGGAUCCAAAGUCUUUGAAUUACCGCAGUCUGUUGUUUCUUCAGCCUCUAUCUACCGGCUGAUGGCAUCCGUUCCUGCGGACCUUCCCCCGACAGCGAAGUACGAAGUUUUUCAUAGGAUUAGAGCCUCUAAAGCCCUUAUGGGCUCUAACGAAUCACGCCAACAAUUAUUGGCUGUGCGUCUCUUGUCUAUUAACAAUCUCGCCUAUAUCCACGGCGAAGCAAACUUCCUGGAAAAGGUGCUUCGUCAAGAUGCAGAUGAAACUCGCAGAUUCCAGCUUGUUUACCAGCUAGCUGAACUCAUCCACCCCACGGCUCAUGGAAACGUUGAUGUUCCGUUAUGGCUACAGGCUGUGGCUCUUGCCUUGCUUGAGGCUAUAUCGAACUUCCAAGCCAGGUGUCAGGAUGUCUUGUCUGCUCUGAAUGCAAACGUCAACCAUGGAAUCUUGCUUUAUGUCAUUAGAAAGGCGGUUGCUGGGAUGAAGGAGGACGAUGACAGCGACAAAGGCAACCAGGUGACAGAAAUGGACGAAUGGCGCAACAAUCUCUUUUCUCUCACCCUUCACCUUUCCAUGUCCACACGAGUGGGAAGCGAGAUGGUGUCGGCAGGACUUAUGGAGAUUCUAGUCGAGAUCUUGAACAUUAGGUCAGCUGUCGCACAGCGAAACCAUUCCAUGGUUCUUGCGUUUCUAGAUGGUUUGAUAUGGACCUAUCAGAAUGCCUUUACUGCCUUCUUCAACGCCAAAGGCCUCGAUGCAGUAUCUCAAUUGGUUGUGGAUACUGUCCAGGAAGCGCAGACUUUGCACCAAGUAGGGCAAGGCAUUUCAAAGAGCCAACAGUCGGGACAAGUUGACUAUGAAAUUCCGUACUACCAACAGCAGACACUCAAAUGGCUUCUCAAGUUCGUUCAUCACAUCAUGUCCAACUCAUACAGCUAUGGUGGUAACUACGAUCGUUUACUCCGCAAUCUCGUUGACAAGUCAGAUCUUCUCGGGAAGUUGCGGGACAUCAUCGAAGACAAGAAGACCUUCGGCUCCGUUGUCUGGACGAACUCUGUUACUAUUCUUGGUGAUUUUAUCAACAACGAUCCGACCAAUUUCCCCGCCAUCUCCGAGUCUGGUAUGAUCAAGACGUUCCUGGAAGCUGUCACCAACAGACCACUACCAAGUGAAGUAUUGAUUGAGCAGAAAUCAUCAGAUAAAGAUGAAGACGACGAAAACAACUCCACAGGAAACACUGUCAGCUCGCUCGUUGCAAAUGAUCCCCGACCACAUCCUCCCACAGAGCAAGCACUCCGGGAGUCAUCUCGUGGACCGUUGGCAGCGGGGAUUCUGCCGUCAACAGAUGCCAUCACCGUUGUACCGCAGGUUCUCAGCUCCAUAUCUCUCAACAAUGCGGGUAUGAACCUAGUAGUAGCCUCACGGGCUUUUGAUGCCUUCUUGGAAAUUUUCGAAAGUCCUGCACAUGUACGAUGCAUGGAGCUUGAUGGAGAACUCGCCAACAACGUUGGAGGGAGCUUCGACGAGCUUGCCCGCCACCAUCCGGCGUUGCGGCCAGCCAUUGCGAACGCUGUAAUCGACAUGGUUGCCCGCAUUCGUUUUCUCGGAAUUGAAAAAGCGAGAAAUGAUGGAUGGGGUGCCCGGUUGUUGCUAGUGGACUCAGAGGGCAAGACUGUAUCUGUGGACGAGAACGGAAAUGCGUCAUCACCAAGCGUGUCUUCUGAGAAGACGCAGAGUCAGGACAUCUCUGGUGAUGCAGAUGUGAGCAUGUCUGAUGCUGUGCCAUCGAAUGAUGCGGACUCCGAGUCCCGCAAAGAUGAAGGGUCAUCUUCGCCAAACCAGUCAAUUACGCCUUACAUCUAUGCCCUGGGAUACUUUUUGGGCUCUUACAUGUCGAAUCAGGUACUCAAGAACAGUUUUGUAGAUGAGGGAGGCCUAGAGUUGUUGCUGGACAUCUGCGAGUCCCCAAGCCUGCCCACCAACUUUUGCGACACAAUGGCCUCGAGGAAUCUCACCCAAGUUGUCUCCCAGCUCGUGGAUGGUUUCCCAGUCCGCGGUCUACCUUCUCUCAUCAGGCGAGCUCAGUUGGCGAUUGACACCUUAAAACCUCUCUCUGAUAAAACAGACACCUUACCUCCGUACUUCGCACCUUUCCUUGCUGCCGACCUCAAGUUGGCGCAGAACGACCAGGAACCUGCUGCGGUAAAGAAUGGCACCAAGAUGAUCAAGGCUUUGUUGAAUGCACAGACAUUUAUUAAGAUAAUAUCUGACUGCUUUUGUACAACAAGGUCCAAUUCUCUGACGUUCUAUCCGGUCAAUGUCUGGGAUUACUACCUCGACCUGGUGAACUCAAUUGGACCACUUCUACGUGGAGUCCUUACAGAGGAGGCAGGAGAGCUAAACGCAGUCCCCCAACACUGGUCGUUUAAGCGCCAACCAUCCUCGGAAGCAUCGCUAAAUGCCAUUAGUUCUGAACCCGAUGCGGGAGACAAUACUUUGAUACCAGACAUACUGAGCGGCACAGUGGUGUUCCAACCGAAGGCGUCUUCGGAUGAAACGAAGCCGAACCGUCCCACAGAGGAAGAGCAAGCCAGUCCUUGCUACCAGAAUUACGAGACACUUCGACAUCUAUUGCACCCUAUGAUCCCAACGACUUUCCCUCUUUUCCAAACGCUCGGAAAGUCCUUACUGCCCCGCCGGGAGAGAGACCCCCGUGAUGGCUAUCAACGCCCUCGUCACUUGGAGAUCGCCAAAGCCCUUGCAAAUGCAAUUCUUAGCCAGCUGAGGCCAUCGGUUGCCAUCAUGGAACCUACUUCUAAGGAUUUCCAUUUCUGGAUCAUCAUGUUGCAUACUAUCAGUGAAAUGGUGGUUGAUCAGCCCAAUCCUCGACCAAGCGAUCGUUCAGGCGUGCAUAUCAUAUUGCCCGUUCUCAUUGCUUUCAAAGAAGAGGGUGGAAUGGAUGUUCUAAAUUCAAUGCUCAGGAUAUUUGCCGAAGCAGUUCGCAAGGGCCCAGACGUCGCCGCAGACGAAACUUCCAGAUCCAAGGUCGCUGCUUUCGGCCUCAAGAAGGUCCUGGACCUGGUUUUAGUAUUGGUCAAUGGCAAGCCACUCGCUGACGCCUCACAAGUAUUCGGCCUGCAACCUCGCUCUGCAGACAGGUCUUCGCAUACCUACCAGCAGUUUGUGGUAGAGUUCAGAGCCUCCGUUCUUCCUGACAUUACCAAGCUCUGGGAUUCCGAGUUCGUGGAAAAAGUACCACAUCAAACCGUGACGUGCCUGAUCGACAUCCUCAAGUUGAUCGCCACUGGCGAGCAUGAGCCUUCACCAUCUUCAAGAGAUAGGCCGGCUUUCCACCUCUUUGAUUACACAGACGUCCGGUUCGAUUGGCGUUCUCAGCGCGACGCUAUCGAGGAGUUGCGUCUGAAAGGAUACGAGACAGACCUAAUUCACGAAGCACUAUUCCGGGCUAAUGGAAGUGUGGGUGCCGCAGAGAUGUAUUGUUCAGCUCAUCAAGCUGGUCUCGCUGGCGCACGCAAUCCGAUCCCGCCUAUGGACUCCGACACUUCUGUCUUGCAGGAGACCUCGCAAGAAUCCUCAGGUGCCAACGAGACAGAAGGCACAAAUGCAGCUAGCAGCGCGGAAACAGACCGCAUGUCCCUUGAUGGCCCACCGGAAAUUGCUACCCCGGACCUCGCGGACAGAUUCCUCGGAGAAGCACUGGGUGAAAUUAUUGAUCCACCUCAAACUACAGAUGAUAUUCGCGAAUCCCAAAACGUGACGACUGCAACACCAGUGAAUGUUUCGGAAGAAUCUCACAAGAAGGAGAAAGAACCUUCUCGGGCUGCCACAAGGGAAGAUGUCGACAAAUUUAGAGCCGAGCUGCGCACGAACCUGAUUGACAGGUGUCUUGAUGUCGUUCGUGCUCACCCCGAAACCGCGAUCGAGGUAUCUGAGCUUAUUCGGACAAUGACUUUGAAGCAACAACCUCUUAAUGAGACUGACGACGAGAUCGGCCAGACUCUGGCUUUGGCACUGUCUUCACUGGCUCAAAACGAGGAUGAAGACAAGCAACGCAAUGGGAAGUGUAUUGCCGCUUAUGCCCAUCUGCUAGCAUUGCUCUUGCAGGACGAGCGCUUCUUUAACAACAAUGUGGCGAGCCUCGAGGACCACAUUGGCGAGUACAUUGGCUUCUUGAAGGUUCCACCGUCGACGUCGAGCGAGGAGAUACCACCCUGGAUCCCUUACAUCCUUCUCGUCAUCGAGACACUUCUUCGACAUGACGAGCGUCCUGUUGCCGCACAGUGGAAAACACCAAAAUCCGAAGACGAAGCCGUCUCAGAACCCAUCAUUCAAGUGCGAACUCUAACUAUUGGCGAUGAGCAGCGUGCACACGUUUUGGAAUUUGUGCUCGAAAUGCUUCCCCGCAUCGGAAAAGAAGAAACCCUCGCCGUUGCUGCGCUCCGAAUUCUGGCCAUCUUAACCCGCAACCGACGCCUCGCUAAGGUGGUUGGGGACAAGAAGAACCUGCAACGGCUGUUUCUUAUGGCAAAACAACUGUCGGGUUCUGGCUCUGAGAGAUUCAAGCAAAGCAAGCUUACUGCCCACAUCAUGACCGUGCUACGCCAUAUUGUCGAAGAUGAAGAGAUCAUCAAACAGAUCAUGCGUGCUGAGAUCAAGACCGGUUUUCCAACUCUGCAAAGAACGCAACGCGGUCAUCCUGAUGUCCAGAGUUAUUUGCGGCAAAUGGCACCGAUUGCUCUACGUGCUCCAGACCUCUUUGUUGAGGUCACAAACGAGUUACUCCGCUUUACGAGAUGGGCAUCAACUUCCAAUGACACCUCUCGUACCCAAGUGCUUGCAUUAAAGGAGGAACCUACCGAAACGAGUACGGACAAGGUUAAUGAGAAUGGGGAGGAUGGGACAGAGCAAGAAAUCAAACCGUCCACGGAGCCUGUAGAUAAGGAAAUGGUGGAUGCACCGAAGCCACACGAGAGCAAGAGGCCUGUUGUCGAAAACCCUGAUGGCGUCAUUCAUUUCCUUCUCUGCGAGUUGCUCAACUAUCGUGAGGUUGAUGACAAGGAAGUACCAGUGGCCGAGAAGGACUCCAAACCCGACGCUGGGUCAAACCCUGAAGACACUUCUUCAUCGCCCAAUGAUAUCAAUGCAACCGACGCAAAGGACAAAAAGCCAUCUAAACCCGUUUUCAAGUCAGAGGAGCACCCCAUAUUUAUCUAUCGCUGCUUCUUACUGAAUUGUCUUGCUGAGCUUUUGCAAAGCUACAACAGAACGAAGAUGGAAUUCAUCAAUUUCAAGCGGAAUGCUCCCUUGACUACAAGCACGCCAAUCAAACCCCGCUCAUCAGUUCUUAACUACCUGAUCUAUGAUUUGCUCUGCCAGGGCAACUUGAGCGGAACAGCUGAUAGCAUCGCCGGAAAGAAGAAAGCCGCAACUUCGGUGCAGACUCAGAGGGUCUUGGUUGCACUCGUCACCAAGACAAGUGAGAAGGCCAUUGACCGCGGAAAAGACAAGUUUGCGUACGACGACGAACCCGACCUCUUGUUCGCGCGCAAAUUUGUUCUCGAUACUAUGCUCAAGGCCUACGAAAGAGCACCCUUCUCUGAUGACGUAUUGGAAACAAGAUACUCACGCAUGCAGUGCCUAGCCGAGCUCAUGAAUCAAAUGGUUGGUGAGAAAGACAAAGACCAGGGAGCGCCUGUACGAGGUGCUGACAAUGUGGUGGCCCGGUCACAUGCUCAGUUACGACGACUGAUGUAUGAGAAGGGCUAUCUUGAAAAACUGACAGCAUCUAUCGCUGAGAUCAACCUCAACUACCCAGGCGUCAAACGUGCCAUCAAGUACAUCCUUCGCGUGCUACGGGUCCUCACCGAGACGGCUAAAGAGUUGAGUCACUCCAAUAUCCUCCUCCCUUCAGAUUCUCUGUCCGAUACGGCAGACGACGAUCUCGGUUCCACCUCCUCACUCUCUGACCUCGACGACCGCGAGGAGACUCCUGAUCUAUAUCGUAACUCUGCCCUUGGAAUGCUCGAGCCUCGUGGCGAAGACGAUGAUUCUGACGACGACGAAGAGGAUGACGACGACGAGGAUAUGUAUGGGGAUGAUUAUGACGACGAGAUGGAAUACGGAGAUGAUGACAUCUCAGAUGAAGAAAAUAUUAGUGAUGAUGACGAAGAACUUGGUGACAUGGGUCAAAUCGAAGGCCUCCACGGCGAACCAGGCGUCGUUGAAGUUAUCAUGGAUGAAGACGAUGAGGAUGACGAUAGUGAUGAAGAAAUCGACGAUGAGGAUGAAGCGGAGUCUGCUGAUAUGGAGGAUGUGGAAAAUCAGGUCGAAAUUGUUGACGAGGACGGAAAUCCUCUUGACGAUGAUGGAAACUCGGAUUGGGAGAGUGCCAGCCACGAUGAUGACGAUGAAGACCAGGAGGAGGACGACCUGGAGUAUGAUGGACAUGUUCACGAAGAGCAUAUGCACAUGCCAGGCGAUAUUCUCGAUGGCAUGGCUCGUGCCAUCAUGGGAGAAGGUGACGUCUACGAUCCAGAUAUGAUGGAUGGCUUGGAAGAUCACUAUCUCGAUGAGGGCCAUGAUGAGGACGAGGAAGACGAGGAUGAGGACGAGAUGGAAGAUGACGAAUAUCUUUACGACGAUGAAUAUCCCGUGGAUGAUCAACCUCAGCCAAUGCCAGCUCUCGGCUGGGACGCCAUGACAGGCGAGAGUGAUGCGCGACGACAAAUGUUCAUCAUGGAAAGCCAGCACCGUCGACGCCUCAUACGAAAUGACAAUCGUGGUGCUUUCCCGCCAAGCUUCAUAGUUGGUAACCGUGAAAUGACCGGGGACUUCCGCAACUUCUUUUCACGCAACCACCAGCCCAGGCCUCAAAGCAAUGCUGAUGAUGGUACCAACCCACUUUUGAGACGUGGUGAUCAGAACCAGGAUAGCCCACAGCGCACUGGACCUAACCAUUCUUUUGGCUUGCGAGUUCCUGAGGCUAUUUUCGGUCCAGGUGGUCGAAACGCAGACGGACCUAUGGGUUUCUUAAGUGAAAUAAUGGAGUUCCUGCCAAUCAUGGGACGGAAUGGACAGCAUGCGUUCCACCUCCAAAUCACCGGCCCAACCGGCAAUCGCGAUUCUAGAGAACUUGGUGCCAUUCGGACCUCUCGCACGGAUCAAAGACGUGAAGGACUAAACCAAGACCCAUCCCAAGCUGUUUCCUUUGCUAUUGAUGGUACAAUGGAACGUUACCAAGAAGAAGCUAGGAUGAUUUUCGGUACCAACAUUACAACAGAAGUGGCUAAACUUCUGAACAUCGUUAUGGCCAAACUCACGCCUGCCGCGAUGGAACUGGAGAGGAAACUGAAGGCCGAAGAGGCAGAACAACAAAAGCGUGACGAAGAGGAACGCAAGAAGCGUGAGGAGGAACAGCGUCUAGCGCGUGAGGCAAGGGAAGCUGAAGAAAAGGCGGAGAGAGAGAAGCAAGAGGCCGAGGCGCGCGAGGCUGCCGAACGCGCAGCGUCUGAAGCUGCCGCUGUGAGCCAAGCCGCUCCCGCCCAGGCUGAAGGCGUUGAGAGCGCAAUGGAAGGCGUUGAGCCAACUGGACAAAGAGACGCAGAUCACCCUGAUCCUGCCACGCAGAGCGACGGUCCCCGUGUUAUGACCACCAUCAGAGGCGAAGAAGUCGAUGUCACCGAACUAGGUAUCGAUCCUGAUUACAUCGCAGCUCUGCCCGAGGAGUUCCGCGAGGAGGUCAUCGCUCAGGCAAUCAGCACCCGCAGAUCCGAGGCCCGAGAGGAGACAAACGGCAACUCGACCGAAGCCUUCCAGGAGUUUCUGGAUGCCCUUCCCGAAGAGUUGCGCAUGGAGAUUGCUCAGCAGGAGCGCCAGGAGCAACGUCGCCGUGCCCGCGAAGAGAACAACCGUCAAGCCUCCGCUAGUGCUGGUCAAGCCGUUGUUCCAGAAAUGGAUACUGCUAGUAUUCUUCUGACAUUCCCCCCCGAGCUUAGACAGCAAGUUUUGAUGGAUCAAGGGGAAGAACUGAUGGAUCAGCUUACUCCAGAGAUGGCAGCCCAGGCCCGAGCUUUAGCUCAGCAGAAUGUCCACCCGGCCGUUGUUGGCCGCAGUCCUCCUGUCGUCAACUCAGCUCGCCAGGCUGGACCGCCAGUACCUCCUGAAGGGGCAAAGGUACAGCGCCGCACGGUUGUUCAGAUGCUCGAUAAGGCUGGGGUCGCCACGCUGCUACGCCUGAUGUUCAUUACCCAGCAGGGAUCAAUUCGGAACCACUUGUUCAACGUCUUCGCUGAUGUAUGUGAGAACAAGCAGACCCGCCUCGAGGUGAUCAGCACUCUGCUCCAGAUUUUGCAAGAUGGCAGCACAGAUAUGGGUGCUGUAGAGCGUAGCUUCGGUCAACUAUCUCUGAAAGCACGAAGACCCAAGGACAAGGGUCAGGAGUCUGAACUGAAACCCCCCCAGCCUCUCAAGAGAAGUCUGACUGGUCUAGCUGCUGGCAACACUACACAGACAAACUCAGAAACCUCGCCUCUUCUGAUUGUUCAGCAGUGCCUAGACCUCUUAGUCGAGCUAUCUGCGAAGAACCCUCAUAUUCAAUGGCUCUUCCUAACAGAACACGAAGCUGUCGGCUCUAAUCUCAAGCGAUCCUUGAGCCGCAAAGGCAAGGGCAAGGACUCGAAGUCACACAAGUACGCUAUCAACUCGUUGCUAUCGCUUUUAGACCGCGACCUAGUUAUGGAGAGCUCUGUGGUCAUGACUCACCUGGCCGAUCUGCUCAACCGAGUGACGCUACCACUUCAAAAUCUGGAGCGGCGUCGAAAGGAAGCCGAGGAUGAACUGAAAGCCAUUGAUACCAAGCCAGAAGAGCAUGCUGCAGCAGAACCCCCCACCGGGCAGCCCUCAGACACAGAGCCAGCGGAGGCAAGCACUGCUGAUGAACCCAGCGCUGCCAAAGAGGAGAGCAAAGAGAAUGUCCCUGCCGAUGACGCAGCAGAGAGACAAGAGAAGAGAGAUUCAGUCCAAAAGAAACUCCGACAACUGCAGCCGCCUGUAGUUCCUGCCCAGAACUUAACCUUGGCCGUGAGAAUUUUUGUUGCUCGAGAGUGCAGCUCCAAAACCUUCCAAAACACUAUCUCGACAAUCAAAAACCUUUCAGCCAUUCCAGGAGCUAAGGCGAUAUUCGGACAGGAGCUCGUUCAUCAAGCUAGGCUCUUGAGUGAGAAUAUCGUGGCUGAUCUAGAUGACCUUUUGCCCCAUAUCGAAAAGGCAUCUUCAGGUACCGAGAUUCAAGGCGUUGCUCUCGCCAAGUUCUCACCAGGAGCGUCCGAACAAAACAAGCUUCUUCGCGUUUUGACCGCUUUGGAUCACCUCUUUGACACCAAGAAGAAAGCUGACGAAGCCGAGUCCAACAAGAACAAGGACGAGAGACACGAUCUAGUCACCUCACUUUACCACAACUCGACAUUCUCGGCGAUGUGGGACAAGCUGAGCGCCUGUCUUAGUGCUAUUCGUCAACGCGAAAAUAUGCUCAACGUGGCGACCAUUUUAUUGCCAUUAAUCGAGUCUCUAAUGGUUGUUUGCAAGAACACCACUACCAACGAUGACCCCCAACAGAAGGACAUGGUCCUGUCAAGCCCGCCACCCGAGUCUCGUACAGCUAGUCUUUUCUUUAGCUUUACCGAGGACCACCGCCGCAUCCUCAAUGAGCUCGUUAGGAGCAACCCCAAGCUCAUGUCAGGCACCUUCGCCCUGCUUGUCAAGAAUCCCAAGGUACUGGAGUUUGACAACAAGCGCAACUACUUCAACCGCAGUGUGCACUCACGAUCCGGCAACAGCCAGAGUCGGUCAAACUACGCUGCCCUACAACUCUCCGUCCGCCGUGAGCAUGUUUUCCAUGACUCUUUCAAGCACUUGUACUUCAAAUCGGGCGAUGAGAUGAAGUUUGGCAAGCUCAACAUCCGAUUCCACGGAGAGGAAGGUGUCGAUGCCGGCGGUGUCACUCGCGAGUGGUUCCAGGUGCUGUCACGACAAAUGUUUGACCCCAACUACGUGCUCUUCACGCCUGUGUCUUCAGAUCGUACGACAUUCCACCCGAACAAACUCAGCGGCAUCAAUGAUGAGCAUUUGUUAUUCUUCAAGUUCAUCGGUCGUAUCAUCGGCAAGGCAUUGUACGAAGGUCGCGUUCUUGACUGCUACUUUAGUCGUGCUCUGUACAAGCGAAUUCUAGGCAAAUCUGUCUCGGUUAAGGAUAUGGAGUCCUUCGACCCCGACUAUUACAAGUCUCUGUGUUGGAUGCUGGACAACGACAUCACAGACAUCAUCACCGAGACCUUCUCAGUUGAGGAUGAUGAGUUUGGCGUUACCAACGUCGUAGACCUCAUUCCUAACGGCCGAGAGAUCGCAGUCACUGAAGAGAACAAACACGACUAUGUUCGGUUGGUGGUCGAGCACAAGCUAUUGUCUUCAGUCAAGGAGCAAAUGGCGCAUUUCCUUCAAGGCUUCCACGACAUCAUCCCAGCAGAACUGAUCUCCAUCUUCAACGAGCAAGAGCUAGAGCUCUUGAUUUCCGGUCUGCCUGAUAUUGAUAUUGACGACUGGAAGAGCAACACUGAGUACCAUAACUACACUCCAUCAUCGCAGCAGAUUCAGUGGUUUUGGCGAGCUCUGAGAUCCUUCGAUAAGGAAGAACGUGCGAAAAUGCUGCAAUUUGUUACUGGAACCAGCAAGGUUCCCCUCAACGGCUUCAAGGAGCUUGAGGGUAUGAACGGCGUUAACCGAUUCAAUAUCCAUCGCGAUUAUGGCAACAAAAACCGACUGCCCUCUUCGCACACCUGUUUCAAUCAACUUGACCUUCCUGAGUACGAGAGCUACGAUCAUCUGCGCUCUCAAGUUAUGAAGGCUAUCACGGCAGGAAGCGAAUAUUUCGGCUUCGCGUAAUUUUGUCAAUUUAUGCAUUGCAAGCGUGUUGGAGGAUGAAACUAGACGGGGAGAGGAACGAAAACAGACGACGGUAGUUAAUUAUGUUUUGGGGACUGGUUUCUUAUUAGCAUUGGUGGCGGAAUACUCUAGGAUGUUUCUGAUCCUGAGCCAUCUGGUGUAGCAUCGUUGAUUUAACGCAGAGAGUCUGGGAGAAGUGCAGGUCUCCCUUGGCUGCUUGCUUUUACAAGACGAAUAGCUUACAGAAGUGGGGUUGGGCAU